CAGAUAAAUUUCCCUAGCUAUCAUAUAGUGUUUUUUUUAAAAAAAAAUAAAAAAAAAUUAAGUUAAACAUGAGUUCACUCAAAAUUUUCACACUUUGUUUUCUGCUCAUGAUUCUUCUGCUAAUCAAAACCCAUGCAGCAGUUAUAACUUUCUCUCCAGCUCCUCAGCCACAACUACCAAUUAGCACUUUCCCGAUGUAUGGUGCAACUCCUGGUAGUCUUCGUCCUCAGGAAGCAAAAUGUUACUCCAUAAAAAUAGAACCACAUAUCAAUCAAGAUGGUAUAAUAUUAUUGGAUUUCUCCCAAAAGAAUGUGGGCCCCGGUGCACGGGAAGGUGCUCGAAAACCGCGUUCAAGAAGCCAUGUAUGUUUUUCUGCCAAAAAUGCUGUGCCAAAUGCCUUUGUGUUCCUCCAGGAACUUAUGGCAACAAACAGUUUUGCCCUUGCUACAACAAUUGGAAGACCAAAAGGGGUGGACCAAAAUGCCCUUGAAACCAUAGGCCCAAUAGCCCGAAUGUGGAAAACUACGCUCGCCGGAGGUAUAUGCUUCGGAAUAUUCUUCCAUAUUUUGCUGGGAUUAUUUCGAAUUUCUUUUCAAAUGCUUUUGCUAAUUGGGAGUAGGUCAAAGCCAAACAUCUUCGCACUUGUGGUGGUAAAAAACCAGAAAACUGCCGAUGGACUUGUUUUGACAAUCUUGCCCUUGCCGGCGCCGGAAUUUUGCUGCUUGGGGUCCGAUUUUUCGACCUUGACUAGAGAAACUUGCCGUGGAGGAUUAUCUCCGGCACCGCCAGCUGUGGUGGCUGCCGCCGCCGAUUGGUGGAGGGGAAACAAGAAAUCCGUCGGGAAGAAUUUGUACUGA